GCCACUGCUAGGGUCUGUCCUGUGGGGACGUCUUUGUCCCCCUUUUACGAGUUGGGCGGGGCCCAGGGGUGGGGGCAGAGUGCGAGAACUUCGAGGGGCGCCGGGGUGAGAGGCGGAGCCCUAUAAUCCAGGAGAAGAAAGAUGAGCUUCAUCUAUGGACUGCAGUCUGCUACUAGAAACUGUGUUUUCUUCCGAUUUCAUUUGCUGACCAACUGGAGACUGUGUAACACACUAGCUGUCACCUCACCAGACUGCCAUCAAGUACAAAUUACUCAUACAAUUAAUAAGUAUCAGGGUCUGGGAGUACAGCAGUGUGAUAGGUUGACUUUUCUGCCUAAAAAUUUUUAUUCUUAUAGGACUCUUAAUACCAAAAGACCAGGAUGCCUCUUGAGCGUGAGCCAUAAAGAAAUUUGGAUGGUUACCCCAACAUGUGGUGCACGGAAUGACUCUUUUUCAAGACAGCUCCUGAUAGAAGAAGUUGCAGGAGCUCCUUUUCUCUCAGUAUUGCGUCCCCUAAAGUGUCUUCGCAUGAGAGAGAGAGACAUCAGGAGUUUCCACACUUCUCCUCGGUUUCAAGCCACUCCGGUUCCUCUCUUGUUGAUUAUUCUUAAACCAGUGCAGAAACUAUUUGCAAUCAUUGUAGGCAGGGGCAUAAGGAAAUGGUGGCAGGCACUUCCUCCUAACAAGAAGGAACUAUUUAAAGAAAGUUUAAGGAAGAAUAAAUGGAAGUUAUUCCUUUGUUUCAGUAGUUUUGGAUUGCUCUUUGUAGUGUUUUAUUUUACUCACCUGGAAGUGAGUCCUAUCACAGGAAGGAAUAAGCUACUAUUAUUGGGGAAAGAACAUUUCAAACUUUUAUCCGAACUGGAAUAUGAAGCAUGGAUGGAAGAGUUUAAAAAUGAUAUGCUAACUGAGAAGGAUGCCCGAUACCUAAUGGUUAAAGAAGUGGUUUAUCAUUUGAUUGAGUGCAAUAAAGAUAUUCCAGGGAUCUCUGAGAUCAAUUGGACUAUUCAUGUGGUUGAUUCCCCAGAUAUAAAUGCCUUUGUGCUUCCAAAUGGACAAGUGUUUAUCUUCACUGGGCUUUUAAAUAGUGUAACUGAUAUUCAUCAACUUUCCUUUCUUCUGGGCCAUGAAAUAGCACAUGCAGUACUUGGGCAUGCUGCAGAAAAGGCUAGCUUGGUUCACCUACUGGAUUUCCUAGGUAUGAUUUUUCUCACAAUGAUUUGGGCUGUUUGUCCUCGAGAUAGUUUUGCACUCUUGGGCCAGUGGAUACAGUCUAAACUGCAGGAGUAUAUGUUUGAUAGACCAUACAGUAGAACUUUGGAGGCUGAAGCUGACAAAAUUGGACUACAGCUUGCUGCAAAGGCUUGUGUGGACGUCAGAGCCAGUUCAGUGUUUUGGCAGCAGAUGGAAUUUGCAGAUAGCCUCCAGGGUCAUCCCAAGUUGCCAGAAUGGUUAUCCACACACCCUUCUCAUGGAAAUCGAGCUGAGCACUUGGAUAGACUCAUACCUCAGGCCCUUAAAAUUAGAGAGAUAUGUAAUUGCCCACCACUUUCUGGACCAGACCCUCGAUUACUGUUCAAACUCAGCAUGAAGCAUUUUCUUGAAGAAUCGGAAAAAGAAGACCUAAAUAUCACUGCUAAGAAACAGAAAAUGGAUACUCCUACCAUUCAAAAUCAGAAGCAAAUACCCUUAACAUAUAUAGUUGAGAAAAGAACUGGCAGUUGAAUUAAAAUUUAUGAGACAUGGGAUAUAUGAAGAAUGCAGCAAUUCUUACCAUUUUUAUGUUCCUUUUAAAAAAAUGAUGUUUGAAAUACAAAAAUUGUAUAUUCAGGGUCAAAUCAUGUAUAUUACAGGUAUUAUCUAACUUCUUCUACUAGGUAUUUUCAUGAAAUAUUGAUGUAUUUUAAUCUAUUUUAAAAUAUAUUCAAUGAAGAAAAUGUCACAGAAUAAAUUUGUAUUAUGUUUUA